AAAAAGAAGAAGAAAAGCCCAACAAUAAAAAAAGUAAAGAAGGCAAGAGCAGAGCAGAGAGUGCAAAGUGUAGUUAACGAAAUGGAAAUAAAUUUUUAGAAAUUCCAAGAAACCUUUUGUUACAACUCCUGUUUAUAUAUUUUAUUGUUUCGGUUUGUUUGAUUUGGAAAAACAAAAGUUUUGUUGCAAAUGCAACGUAAUCAAUAUUGUCGUUAGAAAAACCACAACAAAUCAAUUCUUUAUAUUUCUUACAAUAGAUAUUGUACACAAAUCAAUAACUAUUUACUGGGGUCCGUAGACGUAUUUGAACUUUUGACAUACCGAUGGCCACCGGCAAUGCAUUAGCAGCGGCAUCCGGAGGACUUGUAGCUGCAUCAGUUGCUUCUACGGGUGAUUUAGGGCCUUCUUUGCCCACCUUAAGCAAUGGCAGCUCCUCCAUGGCCGCCUCAACACAUCAAGGCAAUCAAGGUUAUCAUCAAUUAAGUGUGACAAUCGAAGAAGCGUCACUGCGUAAUAGUGGAUUUUUAAAGCCAAAUCCAUAUGUUGAGCUGCUAAUCGAUAAUAAAAGUAAACGUAAAACAGAUUUUGUUAAAAACACCUACUUGCCGAAAUGGAAUGAAGAAUUUACAGUAUUGAUUACGCCCCAUUCAGUUUUACACUUCAAGGUAUUGGAUCAUUCUAGCUUUCGCAAAGAUGCAAUGCUCGGUGAGCGCACCAUUAGUUUGGCUCACAUUUUGCAACACUAUAAUGGGCGUUGUGAGUUUUUGGAAGUGAGUAUGGACCUGUUGGUCACCUCUAAAUCGGACAAUCGUCAAACGAAAAGUGGUGAAUUAGUGGCCAUAUUGAAUGGUCUAAAAUUGGAUAUGACCAAUGUGAUGAUACAAAAUGGCAAUGGCUCGUUAAUGCCAAAUGCUGCAGGUGAUGGGGCAAAUGGUGCUGGAGCAUCAGGCGCUGCAGCGGCUCCGGGUCGUACUUGUAUGAUUUAUGGUGGUGUUAGGACACGGGUGCGUAUGCGUUCAACGGGUAGUGUUAGUGAAAGUGGUGCCGUGGGCCCAGGUCGAUCUCCUGUAGCCAUGCAAAAUGGUAAUUUAGAACGUAGCAGUAGUUCGGGAGCAAUGAUACCACAAACUGGUGCUGUACGUAGAGCACCAAAUCCUCCUAGUGGUACUUGGGAUCCUCAAACGGCAGCAGCUAUGGCUGCCCAACAGCAGCAGCAGCAACAACAACAGCAGCAGCAACAAAUGCAAAUGGCACAGAAUCAACGUGUAAAUGGACCUACGGCAACAGCUGCUGCAGCAAAUGCACGUCCCAUGUCGCAAAUAUAUGCAAAUGGGGCAGUGGCUGGUCAACAAACGCCAGCUCAACCCAUGAUGGAAGGUGCCGUGGGAGGUAUGUUACCCGUAGCUGGUGCAGCAAAUGACCAACUAUCCAUCAUGGGCAAUGGUUUGCCGGUUUCAAAUGUAACGGACCAGCAAUUGCAGGCUGCACAGGCAGACGAUGAACCACUGCCGGCUGGUUGGGAAAUACGUUUCGAUCAGUAUGGUCGCCGUUACUAUGUAGAUCACAAUACACGAUCAACAUAUUGGGAGAAGCCCACACCACUACCAUCCGGUUGGGAAAUACGCAAGGAUCCACGAGGUCGAGUGUACUAUGUGGAUCACAAUACACGCACCACCACUUGGCAAAGACCGAACAGUGAACGCCUAAUGCACUUCCAGCACUGGCAGGGUCAGCGCGCCCAUGUGGUAGCACAAGGUAAUCAAAGAUUCCUCUAUGGCCAACAACAGCAGCAGCCCACAGCCGUUACAGCUGCACCCACUCAAGACGAUGAAGACAGCUUGGGUCCGUUGCCGGACGGCUGGGAGAAAAAGGUACAAUCGGACAAUCGUGUUUACUUUGUAAAUCACAAAAAUCGUACAACGCAAUGGGAAGAUCCUCGUACUCAGGGACAAGAAGUUAGUUUGAUAAAUGAAGGACCCCUACCGCCAGGUUGGGAAAUUCGCUAUACAGCGACAGGAGAAAGAUUCUUUGUUGAUCACAAUUCCAGACGUACAACCUUUGAUGAUCCCCGUCCGGGUGCACCCAAGGGAGCCAAAGGUGUUUACGGUGUACCUAGGGCCUAUGAGCGCAGUUUCCGCUGGAAACUCUCACAGUUUCGUUACCUUUGCCAGAGCAAUGCUCUGCCCUCACACAUCAAAAUCACUGUUACUCGCCAGACCCUUUUCGAAGAUUCCUACCAUCAAAUAAUGCGAUUGCCAGCCUACGAGUUGCGUCGUCGUCUCUACAUCAUAUUCCGCGGUGAGGAGGGCCUCGACUAUGGCGGUGUAUCGCGUGAAUGGUUUUUCCUGCUCUCCCACGAGGUACUCAAUCCCAUGUAUUGCCUUUUCGAGUAUGCCAACAAAAAUAACUAUAGUCUACAAAUUAAUCCCGCCUCUUAUGUAAAUCCCGAUCAUUUGCAAUAUUUCAAAUUCAUCGGUCGCUUUAUUGCCAUGGCUCUGUAUCAUGGCCGUUUCAUUUACUCCGGCUUCACUAUGCCCUUCUACAAGCGUAUGCUCAAUAAAAAACUAACCAUUAAAGACAUUGAAACCAUCGAUCCCGAGUUUUAUAAUUCGUUAAUAUGGGUGCGUGACAAUAAUAUUGAUGAGUGCGGUCUGGAUCUGUGGUUCAGUGUGGACUUUGAGGUCUUGGGACAAAUCAUUCAUCAUGAGUUGAAGGAAAAUGGUGAAAAGGAAAAAGUAUCGGAAGAAAAUAAAGAAGAGUAUAUAACGUUAAUGACCGAAUGGAGAAUGACACGUGGUAUUGAACAACAAACAAAAACCUUUUUGGAAGGUUUCAAUGAAGUAGUACCACUCGAAUGGUUAAAAUAUUUCGAUGAACGUGAAUUGGAGUUGAUACUUUGCGGCAUGCAAGAUGUGGAUGUAGAUGAUUGGCAGCGUAACACAAUUUACCGGCACUACAAUCGUAAUUCAAAACAAGUUGUAUGGUUUUGGCAGUUUGUACGUGAUACGGAUAAUGAAAAGCGGGCUAGACUUUUACAAUUUGUCACUGGUACUUGUCGUGUACCGGUGGGUGGUUUUGCCGAACUAAUGGGCUCGAAUGGUCCACAGCGUUUUUGCAUUGAGAAGGUGGGUAAGGAAACCUGGUUGCCGCGCUCACACACCUGUUUCAAUCGUUUGGAUUUGCCACCAUACAAGAGUUACGAUCAACUAGUGGAGAAAUUAACAUUUGCCAUCGAAGAGACUGAAGGCUUUUGCCAGGAAUAGUUUGAAAACAUUUUGGUAUAUUAAAGUUAUAGUAAUGAAAUGUUUGCAGUUGAAGUGGGUGGGUAUAACAAUUUAGUAGGGGGUAUUUUAACGAAACUUUAAAACAAGCUGAAAUAAAAAAACAUGGAAAAAGUAAUAAAAAAACUUAAAAAAAUCUUUUUCUAUAUUUCAUUAUUUAUAAUUUUGUUCAAAACAAAUUCAAUUCAAUUAAAUUACUUUUAAAUUAUUUCGUUUAAUGACAUUUGUGUGCAAAUACUUAUUUAAAUAAUCAUGUUGUAACUGUUAUAAUUCUUAUAUUUAUGUUUAUUCAUUUAUUAAUAUGUAAAUGAUUAUGUAUUUCUAAAAGAAACCAAGAAAAUUUAAUUGUUGUAAAAAUGAAAUAUUGCAAAAUAUUUUAUUUCAAACACUUGCAUAAAAGAAACUGUUUAUUGCAAUUAAAAAUUAAAAAAAACAAACAAACGUAUCAUUAUUUAAUCACACUUAUACUUAAUCUAUAUUAACUAUUUAAAGACAUUUUUGUUACACAUAUUUCUAUUGCUAUAGCUUUAAAAAAACAAACAAACAAAACAACAAAAGAAAGAAAAUACAUAAAUAAUUCGUUUAACUAUAAUAUUUUAAUAUUUUCUUUGUACAUGUAUAAUUUUUAUUGUAAAUAUUUUAUUAAUUUUCUUUAAUUUUUUCUGUUUUCCAUUUCCUGAUUGCGCUUGCAAUCAGAAACUUGUCCAUUAAAUAAAACUAAACUCUAAAACUUAAAACCUAAAAUUUAUUAAGAAUAAAACAAAAAAAAAAACUAAAAGAACAUAAAACUUAAUAUAUAAAAGAAAAGAUAUCGUGAAUGGAAAUUGAAUACACCGUCAUUAAAAAAAUAUAUAUUAAUAAAUAAAUAAAAUUAGUUUAUAUUGUUGUUAAUUAAUUAAACGUAUUAUAAAAAAGAAAACAAAUAUUUAGUGAAAAAAAUAACUAUGUUUUAAAAUAUUUUAUCAAAAUGGAAAAUAAAAAACCAUAGAAAAAAAAAAACGCAAAAACAAAAGAAAUCAAUCACAAGGGUAUAUAAAACCAAUUAUAAAUAAAUGAUUUAUAAAUUAGAAUGUCUAACAUAA